AUGUUUAAAUCUGCUAUUACUAGAAGAUGGUAUUCACCACUGCCCCGCGCUAUUAGACACAAAGCUGUCCGUCAGACCGGCUACAGGAACUCUGUCGUAGACAACAGUACCACUGCUCGGGAUCUCAAAGCUUUUCCAAGUGAUACAAUCAUUCAGUCCCACCAUCCCAUAGCCAGUACAAUUCUGAACGAGCCUACAAUUGUUGUUGAGCGACAAAUGGAAAUGAUGAAUGUGUUUCUAGGGUUUGAACAGGCCAACAAAUACGUAAUAAUGGACGCUCUAGGGAAUCGCAUUGGAUACAUGCAGGAAAGGGACUUUGGAUUGGUCAAAGCUGUUAUGCGGCAAUUUUAUAAACUUCAUCGCCCAUUUGUGGUCGAUGUAUUUGAUAACUGGGGAAAUGUCCUACUCACAAUCAAGAGGCCAUUCUCCUGGAUCAACUCUCACAUUAAAGCCAUUUUACCUGAUCAAAUUUCCUUAGAGACUUCUUCAAAACCUGAAAGCAUUUUGCCAUUUGGGUCCGUACCAGUUCCCCAGUCCACGUCAACUUCAGGUGAGGCAGGGACCUUAGUCGGGGAAAGUGUUCAAAAUUGGCACCUCUGGCGUCGUCGUUAUGAGCUUUUCCAACGCGAUAAUUCCACAGGUGAAUCUUUUGCACAGUUCGCAGAGAUAGAUGCGCCGUUCUUAAGUUUUGAGUUCCCCUUAUCGGAUGAGAGCGGCAAAAUCAUGGCCGGAGUGGACAGAAAUUGGGUAGGAUUAGGAAGAGAACUUUUUACCGAUACUGGUGUCUACAUAGUGCGAAUGGAUUCUACGCAGAGUUUCCAAGGUGUAUAUCCACCAGAAACUUUGAGUGACCAAGUAUUGAACUUUGAUCAAAGGGCCGUACUUCUGGCCAAUGCGGUGUCGAUUGAUUUUGACUACUUUUCGAGACACUCUCGCCAUGGCGGUGGCUUAAUUGGGUUUGGAGACUAUGGGGAAUAG